GCGGGCACAAUCACUCCUUGUCUGUUCUGCCGGAUCUUGCUCUCGCACUACAUAGCUACUGUUGCGCCAUUAGCAUCUGAAUUCAUUGGCAGUGAGGAAUCAUGGUGCUUGAUCUUGACCUUUUUCGGAAGGACAAAGGUGGCGAUCCAGAAAUUGUGAGGGACACGCAAAGGAAAAGGUUUAAAGAUGUCUCCCUUGUGGAUAAUCUCGUUCAAGCAGAUACGGAAUGGAGGAAGUGCCGCUUCACCGCUGAUAAUCUCAACAAGGCAAAGAAUUUAUGCAGCAAAUCUAUCGGUGAGAAAAUGAAGCAGAAGAAGGAGGUUGUUGGAGAUGAAGAGACUCUCCCAGAGGAGGCCCAAAACCUGGAAACUCUCACAGCAGACACACUAUCAGCACUGACAGUGACUCAGAUUAAGAAGGUUCGGGUGUUGGUGGAUGAAGCUAUUCACAAAUUAGAUAGUGAGAGGUUGAAGUUGGAGGCAGAACGCUUUGAGUACCUGAGAGAGAUAGGCAACCUCCUGCACCCCUCUGUUCCUAUUAGCAAUGAUGAGGAUGCUGAUAAUAAGGUUGAGCGCACCUGGGGCGACUGCACAGUGCAGAAGAAGUACUCUCACGUGGACCUGGUUGUUAUGGUUGAUGGAUAUGAAGGAGAGAAAGGUGCUAUUGUUGCUGGAAGCAGAGGAUAUUUCCUAAAGGGACCUCUAGUUUUCCUGGAACAAGCUUUGAUUAACUAUGCCCUGCGGAUCCUCUACAGCAAGAACUAUACUCUUCUCUAUACACCUUUCUUCAUGCGGAAAGAGGUCAUGCAGGAAGUUGCACAGCUCAGCCAAUUUGAUGAGGAGUUGUAUAAGGUGAUUGGAAAGGGCAGUGAGAAGUCUGAUGACACUUCAGUGGACGAGAAGUAUUUGAUUGCCACUUCUGAGCAGCCAAUUGCAGCCUUUUUGAGAGAUGAAUGGCUGAAGCCGGAGGACCUCCCCGUCCGCUUUGCAGGCAUCUCUACUUGCUUCAGACAGGAAGUGGGCUCCCAUGGCCGCGACACCCGCGGCAUCUUCAGGGUUCAUCAGUUUGAGAAGAUUGAGCAGUUUGUAUAUGCCUCACCUCAUGAUGGCAAGUCUUGGGAGAUGUUUGAUGAGAUGAUAGGAACAGCAGAGGAAUUUUACCAGUCACUAGGAAUUCCCUACCGCAUCGUCAACAUUGUCUCCGGUGCUUUGAACCAUGCGGCCAGUAAGAAGCUGGAUCUGGAGGCCUGGUUCCCAGGCUCUCAGGCCUUUAGAGAGCUGGUCUCCUGCUCCAACUGCACAGACUACCAGGCUCGCCGUCUGCGGAUCCGCUACGGCCAAACUAAGAAAAUGAUGGACAAAGCUGAGUUUGUGCACAUGCUUAAUGCAACCAUGUGUGCAACCACUCGUGUAAUAUGUGCCAUCCUGGAAAACAACCAAACAGAAGAGGGCAUUGUCAUUCCAGAGCCGCUCAAGGAGUUCAUGCCUCCAGGCUUGACAGAAAUGAUCAAGUUUGUGAAGCCAGCUCCUAUAGAUCAAGAGCUGUCUAAAAAGCAGAAGAAACAACAGGAAGGAGGCAAAAAAAAGAGGCAGCAAGCAGGUGAAACUGACCUGCAGAACAAAGUAGAGAACAUGUCCGUCAACGACUCUUAAAUAUACCCUUCUGCACACCCUGAGACAUGUCUGUCAGACAUGCCUGCAAGAACUCCAUUUCAUCUCAUUAUCCUCGUACCUGAAUCACAGCCUGUCAAUCCAUGCAUCAUCUUCACACAUCUACUUUGAUGCCAUUCAUAGACCUCUGCAGUUCCUUUAUUGGGGUUGAGAGCCAGCUUAAAGACCUGAGGUGUUAAAUUCCUGUCUUUUAAAUGUGUCCAUGUUCAGUAUCUGCCAUUUUAAUGCAGGUUGAAACUGAAAAGGAAAAGGAAAAUGGAAGGCUGUAUAUAAAAUUAAGGUUAGAAUUCAGGAUUCUUACAAAGGGAACAUACAUGGUAACAGUAAUAGCAGAACAGUGUAACGUGUAUCAUUUUAAAACAAUGCUGUGGUAGGCUGCAUGAGUGCUUCUAUUUAAGGGAUCGCAAACUUGAGUGCGUAGUCAGAAGAAAUCCAAUUUGUCUCUUAGUCUAAAUUAAAAGUUGUUCAUGAAAAUGAAGGAAUGGAGCCUGAAAUGAACUUUAAUACAUUUGGAUAGCCUUGCACAAAACCACAACUUGUGAUUUGGGUGGUAAAUUGCACAAGAAAGCAUGUCUGCCUUGGGUUAGCUGCCUUUGAUAAGUCCCUCAUAUUCAUCUUUGUCAUGUCACUGUUUAAAAGCAUCUACUUCUCACUCUUCUGUCAACUAUGAUGUAGGCCAAUGUACAGUACUUGCUUGAGAUACUUUGUAAGAGAUAUCAAUAUGAUGGCAUAUAAGAAUAAAUGAAAAUGGAAAUAA